AUGGCGCACGACCGGAGCCAGGCGAACGUGCAGCGCAUGCUCGGCCAGCAGAGCGACAUGCGGCGGCGCAUCGAGGCCAUCGCCGUGGAGCCGGACCUGCACUCCUACGACGACGACCCGCGGAGCCGCUACGCGUCGUCCGUCGACGAGGACGAGGCGCGCGUGCUCAUCGACGCGGGCGCGGCGGCGCGCGCGGCCAUGGUGCCCUGCACGUGCUGCGAGCGGCCCUACCGGGCGCGCGCCAUGCUGGGCGUGGCCUCCUUCCACGCCGUCGCCGAGUGGCGGCGGCGGCGCGGCGCGGACAUCCCGCGCGGCGACGCGCGGCACGGCAUCACGAAGCGCUACGAGGGCGUCAAGCUCUGCGUCUUCUGCACCCAGUUCUUCGACGACGAGUUCUGCGACUACGUGCGCAUCUCCGGCGACGCCGCCGUCGUCGACGACCCCGUGCUGCGCCUCGCCAAGGGGCCCGAGGUCGAGAUCGCGCGGCCCCACAAGGGCGAGGCGCAGCGCGCCGUCGGCGUCCUGGGCCUCGCGGCGGCGGCGGCGGCGGCGGCGGGCGCGCACGCGCGGGGCGUGCCGCUGCCGCCCGUGGCGUCCGCGCGGCCCGCGUCGACGCUGCGCCAGCGCAUGGCCAAGUCGGAGCCUGUGUGGAAAUCAAAUCUUCAACCCGACUUCAAUGACCACGACCACGUCGAGCGCAACGCCCGCGCGUCCUGGGCGGGGCAGAGGCCCCACAACUUCGACGCGGACGCGCCGCGCGCGCCGUCCAUCUACGGCGACGGCAAGCGCGUGCCCGAGCCCAAGACGCGCAACACGGCCAAGCACGUGCCCUUCAUGUUCACGCACGACACGCUCGCCGAGCCCACGCAGCGCCGGGCGAAGCACCGCGACAAGAGGACCAUGCACAGCGCCGCGUUCCGCUAA